UUAGGUAAACACAAAUAUGUACGACGAACGAACAGGAAUCUCUUUCUUCUUUUCCCGGUUUGAUGCCGAAAUUUUUGAUAAAUACGCAAGAAGUAUACAUAUAUCUCCCAAAUCCUGAAAUUUAGGUUGUUCAUAUUGUAGUUAAUCUUAUUUAUAGUGACGAUGCCGCGGACAAAUAAGAAGAAAAAGAAGGGCGGUGCCAGGGCUGGCGACAGCAGUGAGUGCGAUACGGCUGAGGAGACAGCGAGUGUCACCAGCAGUCACAUAUCAGAACCAGACAGCAUCGAUGAAGUGAUUGCUAGCCAUGGUUUGGAUGAUGUUGAUGAAAGCAGUGGCCAGGAUGCAUUUGAAGAGAAGAUUAGGGACUUCAUCGAUGGAACGACACAAAAGAGUGCUGCAGGUCGGAAGCACUGUCUGGAGGGUAUCAGAGCAGCUUUCUCAAAGAAAUACAUCUUUGAUUUCGUAGAUAAUAGAAAGAUCACAUUAGCAGACUGCAUUGAAAGGUGUAUAAAGAAAGGUAAAGGUGAUGAACAGGUCUUAGCCGCUAAACUAUUGAACACAUUAUGGAUCCAGCUUGGGGCAGGAUUAGAAUGUGAGGAAGUGUUUACAGCUCUGAGACCCGUCCUCAUGACCAAGGUCCAAGAUAAAACCGCUGCACCUGCUGCAAGAGCAAGCUGUGCUACUGCUUUAGGACUUGGAACAUUUGUAGCAGCUGCAGAGUUUGAGACUGUAUGCAGCUGCAUGAAUGCUCUUGAGGACAUCUUUAGCGCUUCAUACCUGAAAGGUGACGGGACUAGUCCUACCCAUAAACCUGGUAUAUCUACCCUACACACGGCAGCACUCAAUGGCUGGAUGCUACUACUGUCUAUAACACCUCCUUCUAGGAUACGAGUAAUAGUUGAAACACAUUUACCAAAGCUUCCAGAUCUAUUGUCUAGUGAGGAUGUCAAUUUAAGAAUAGUAGCCGGGGAAGCUAUAGCUAUGCUAUAUGAACUAGCUAGAGAAGAUGAUGAGGAAUUUGAAGGUGAUGAUAUAGAUGAUCUUGCAAUGAAGUUAAGAAAUCUAGCCACAGACAGCAACAAGCAUAGAGCCAAGAAAGAUCUGAGGCAUCAACGGUCUAGUUUUAGAGACAUCAUACAGACUAUAGAGAACGGUGAAUCCCCACAGGAGCUUGUCAAGUUUGGGGUAGAAUGUUUAGAGAUAGAUUCAUGGGUGAGAAAGAGGCAGUAUUCUAUCAUCAGGGAGUCUUUAGGCUCAGGUACAAACACACAUCUGCAGGAAAACCCGUUACUCAGGGAUAUAUUUGGACUUGGGGCUCCCCUCGUUAUUGGGCCAGGGGGCCACAAAAAAGCAUCAAAGUCAGAGAGGCACCAUUUUAACUCGGCUGCAUUCAAGGCUCGCACCAAAGUCAGAAGCAAGCAACGGGACAAGCGUGUAGCAAUAUACUGAAAUCAAUUGUAGUUACGAUUUUAUUAUCCUAGCUUUAUAUAUUAUUCUGUAUUUCUUAGAAAUGUUAUGGCCUCGGAUGCCGCAUUGACUGGCCUCAUAGCCCCUCUCAUAUGCCUUGGAUAUUUUUGAUUUUCCCAUGCAAGCUGUGAUAUCAAAAUGUGCCCUGUAGAAAAGCUGCCUUGCACUAAGGCCUGAAGUUUAUACCCCAAUCUCGCCCAGCUAUGGCUUGGUCGGUUUUGAUAACCACAAUGGUACAACAAAAUGACAGUGUGGUCUAUGUCAUAAUGAUAAUAAUAAUAAUAGUCAGUUCUUGUAUAGCGAAUAACACAUUAUGAACCAUGUCUCUAUGCGCUUUCAAAGGACUUGGAUAUUAUUACCCUGGCUGUAGCUGAAGCAGCUUUUACGCACUCGGUAUUUCAAGAAAUAAAUUUCUGCCAGGUACCCAUUCACCUCACCUGGAUUGAGUGCAGCACAAUGUAGAUUAAUUCCUUGCUGAAGGAAACUAUGCCAUGGCUGGGAUUUGAACCCACGUCCCUCUUUUUUAAAGUCCGGAGACUAAUCCACCGGGCCACAAUGCUCCAAGCAAGGUCAGGGUCUUGAUCAUGUUGGGUCAAGGGAUUCAGUGUUGUGGGCCAAAUCCUGGGGAACUAAAAAGUAGCCUGUGAUUUUCACAGAUAACUGCUAUGAACUACUGAAAUCCUUGUAUCUGAUUGGCUCAGAAUGAGUUAGCUUUGUGAAACGCUCCCCUGUUGCACAACCGGUCUUAAUCCUCUCUUGGUCCCUAUUUUCUACAAACUUCUACUGUGUCUGAGGGUGCAUUUCGUCUCCUUUAUGUGUGAACGUUUUAUCAACAUUAUUGUCCGAAUAGUUGUCAGAUCUGACAACUCUCCUGAUGGUAACUGUCAGUUAAAACCGGAUUAAAAAGAUGGAAUAGACCUAAACUUCCAAGUUACCUCCUGUAAUGAGACAUCAAUGCAAUUUAAUUUGGAUUUGAAUUCAGAGCUGUGCAUUUUCUAUGUAACGUACAAAUUUUAGCCGGGGGAGGGGGGGUAACAGAAAGAGGUCUAUACAAUUAUUAUUUUGUUAUUAAUCAUAUCUGUUAAUACAUGGUUUUCCAUAGACUUACAGGAUCACUUUGUUGUACAAAUGAUUGAAAUCCUUUGUGUUACAGUCUCCAUUUACACGGUCACCUUUUAAGGCAAAACUGCUCCUGGAAUACCAUUAAUAACAAAUGCUAAACAUGGUAUAAGUCGGUUAUUGCAUCAUGACCAAUAUUAUGUGAUUUCAGUGGGUGAGAACACUAGCUGCCAACUAGACUAUCUUUGUAGGUCUGAUAUGUGUGGUGAGCCCUCUACUGGUGAAAUCUCCCUAACAA